CCACCUGGGCAACCGAUUUUCUCUACCAGGCCAGCUACGAGCCUACGAGCCUACGAGCCUACGAGCCUACGAGCCUACGAGCCUACGAGCCUACGAGCCCUUUGUUCCCUGGUACACGCCGGGCUCCAUUCUUGCUCGCCUCGCGUAGGAUACCUGUAGUACUGAGUAUAGAAAGAAAGCUGGACACGACGCAAUCAAUCACUCAUCGCUUCACCAAAUCCCAAUCCCAGCGUCAAUAAUAAUCAAUUUAGCUUGCAGACUAAAAUCGAUUCUUUUCAGCAUUUUUGAUUGCCUGCCAAUUUACGGCGCGUUGCCUCAUCUUACCUGCAUCAGUUGGGGCCUCUGUCUCUGCCGCUUGCGCUUGUCGACCCUGCACGUCUAGCUUUCAAAGCUGCAGCUUCCCCCGCCAUCAUCACUCCAAGGCUCCAAGUCGAGCCACUUGCACUCUUGCAUUUUACCCGACCUCGCAUCGCAUACCGUCAUAGUACCCCGUACAACACUCCACCUCAAAAAGAGCCACUACAACUACCACCACUUCUUCCUCCUUAUGACUCUCUCUCUUACUUCUACACAAUUCCAGUAGCCACGGGACAUUCUCCCGUCAAUACAUAAGAGCUUCCCAUUCAGCUAUUCUCUGCUCUCUGCCUUGCCAUACAGAGUACCAGAGACGCAAUUGCAAUGGCUUCAGCUGCCGAAGGAGAAGAUGUUUACGCUACAGUGCGUUGCUUCCCCACCUUGCUUCUAUUUCUUUCUGUUGUCUUGCAUACUAAUUUUCGAGUGACCAGCUUCUUCUGAGUGAUCCUUAUCUUCCUGGUAAGUACUUUUCCAUGCAAAAUGUAAAAAACCCAAAGCUCACAAAAAGUCUCUAGGUGCACUGGUAGUGGCACACUCAUUACGUGAUGCCGGGACAACCAAGAAGUUGGCGGUGCUCAUCACAGCAGAUACCGUGUCGCAAAGCGCAAUAAAUCAGCUACAGGUACAAAAAGUCUCUUGUUCCAGUCCCAAGAUACACAGUCUAACAUGUGGCAGCGAGUCUACGAUUACAUCAUUCCUGUUGAACGAGUCGUCACUCCAACCCCAGCCAAUUUGUUCCUCAUGAACCGCGCAGAUCUCCAUUCAACCUUUACGAAGAUCAAUUUAUGGAAGUUGUUACAGUUUCGAAAGAUAGUCUAUGUUGACGCGGAUAUGGUUGCCAUUCGAGCACCAGAUGAGCUCUUUGAUCUGCCACAACCUUUCUCGGCAGCCCCAGAUAUUGGCUGGCCGGAUAUAUUCAAUACGGGAUUGAUGGUUUUGACCCCAAACAUGGGUGAUUACUAUUCGUUGCUUGCCAUGGCAGAGCGAGGCAUUUCCUUCGAUGGUGCAGAUCAAGGUCUACUGAACAUGCACUUCAAGAACACCUUGAAUCGCUUGAGCUUUACGUACAACGUCACGCCAUCUGCCCACUACCAAUACCUACCAGCAUAUCGACAUUUCCAGUCGAGCAUUAGCAUGGGUCAUUUCAUUGGCAAAGACAAACCCUGGACUAAAGGAAGAGAUGCCCAUAAUGGUUCGAAUCCUUAUGACGAGAUGGUUGGAAAAUGGUGGGCAACUUAUGACAGACAUUUUCGCGAAUCGGUGAGUAACUUGUUGUGUAUUCUUCCAUCCCCCUAACAUUAUGACAGUCUGUCGAAGGUUCAGCCCAAGGAAGAUCUACUCUUGUACAUUAUCAUACAAAAGGCGAAUUUCAUCCAACCACGGUUGGCAAUACCUUUACCGACGAUCAAGCCUUCCACAGUGAGAAGCCCCAUCCAGAAGAGUUCCACGUAGCACCGCCCCCAGUAGAAAUAUCCCAUGCAGCACACCAUCAGGAGCCAUCUAGGACAGAGGGUGAGCCACCCAGUACAAUAGCAUAUACAGCCAGUAGUGAAGAUUUGCAUGGUGUAUCUGUGCCACAUGAAACUCCUCUGCAUGAGACUGCAGAAAUCCCAAAAGAGUUGGAAGAAGCUUAUGUUCCCCCAGUGCAGACGAAUCUGGACAGGGAGAGGGAAAGGGAGAUCCAAUACCAGCCAACUUGGGACGCAAGCAUGUUAGUAUACUUCCAAACUUGGCUGUUGCUAUGAAGCUAACAGAAUCCAGUGCUCCUCCACCGUCGGACUCCCGGCCUGAAGCCUCAAACUUUCCCUCUACCCAUUACGAAAUGUCCUCCGAUCCAACGCCUUUCCAAGCUCCACCGAGAUACCCAGACCCUCCCAGGGAUAUGUAUUAUGAAGUCCCCAAGACUCCAACAUAUCAAAAGCCUGCUCCGAUUUUCCCUUGGGAGAAGAAUGCAUCGAAGCCUACAAGAGUAUUUCCUGAAGACCAUCCUGAAAUAACUGAGCCUUUCAGCAGUGCUGUUGAAUUUGCCCUGGAACCACCUGUGUCUUCGGCGCAACAAGAAGAAGUGGUAACACCUGUUACGCCUGUUACAUCUACCACUCCCAUCAUGCAGCUCACACCCGCUGAUCCCUGGCAGACUUAUUCUCGUGGAAAUGCCUGGGACGAUAUCCCUGAGAUCGAGCGGUACAUCGGACAUUUACAAAAGAAUCGCAAGGGCAAUAUCCAAGUAUUGCAGGGGACCGGUAUGGGUGUAGAACAGGCCUCCAGAAGGCACAGCAUGAGGCUCACCGAUUUCCCCACCGAGCUUGAACGUCCAAGUCUUCCAGUGACGCCUGCGCCAGUCAGAAGAUCACAAUUCUGGGGAGAGGAGAGAAAUUCCCGUGGCGAAUUACCAGCCGCAGAGGGAGUUCCUUCCCAAGAGGAAUGGGUACGACUUAUUUUAAGCGCGCACUUUGUCCAAAUACUGAUCCUGUACAGGAUCCUGCAACGCGACUUGAGCAGCUGGCCCGUCAACAAUCAGAUGUAUUAGCCCAUAAGCUUGGUGAGGUAACUGCAAGAGAGUUGCCUUCUCGGUCAUUGCCGUAUGGGUCUGAGGGGGUCAUUUCACCUUGUUAUGUUGCUCAAGGACCGUCUACUAGUGUGGAAGCGGACGCUACAGACUCGACCCCACGUACUCAUAUUGAAGAGCCAAGUUUUCAAGGACCGGGGGCACAAUUUGAAAAGGGCGAGACAUUUCUUUCCAAGUUGACCCCGGAGCCUGCUACAGAGGAGGAGAUGGAUGUCCUCGAAACAUAGCGAUCUUUCACACCCAUAAUGUUUAAUUUUCUCAAGGUUCGACAAGUUCUGUCUUGUACAAUAAGGGGGAAUCCGUUUUUUAUUUCUGGCAUUGCAUGCUUGCAGCAUAGUUUUCUCUUUUUCGGCUCUUUUUGUUGUCUUCUCUUUUCUUGCGGAAGUGGAAGAUGGGGUGGCUUGUAUCAUAUGCAUCAUCAGCAUGGUGAGCGCGCUCUUGUGCAUUUGCAUCGAGGUGUAUAUUAGAUUAUUCUGGAGGAAAGGGUUGAGAUUUUUGGGACAGGUAAAUUUUAUGAUGUUCAUGGAAUUUGAAGGAGCAGAAAGAAGUGGAGGAUUACCUAUUUAUUCCU